AUGGAUAAAUACUACACUUUGGCCGAGGGCUGUCCCUUUGCAAGCAGCAGCACAUCUGUCCAGCUCCGAAACGGUGAUGGGGGUGGUCUAGGAUUGCUUCAAGAUACUCAACUCAUUGAGACCCUGGCCCAUUUCUCACGCGAGAGGAUUCCUGAACGAGUCGUUCAUUCCAAAGCUUCCGGAGCCUAUGGCGAGUUCGUGGCAACUCGUGAUUGCUCCGACUUUACAUCCGCAAGCUUUCUGAACAAGGUUGGGAAGACAACGCCAGUGCUCCAGCGGGUUUCCACGGUUGGAGGCGAAGCAGGGUCUGCCGAUACUUCUCGCGAUAUUCACGGGUGGGCUAUGAAGCUUUAUACGGAAGAGGGUAAUCUGGACUGGGUUUUCAACAACACCCCUGUCUUUUUUAUUCGGGAUCCAAUGAGGUUCCCGUCUCUCAAUCGCUCUAACAAGCGACAUCCGAGGUCUCAUCUUCCUGAUGCAAAUAUGUUCUGGGACUUUCACGUCGGCAGCCCAGAAAGUAUACACGAGCUGCUGCAUCUAUUCAGUGACCGCGGUACUCCGAAGUCUAUUCGUCACAUGAAUGCAUACAGUGGACAUACAUACAAGUUCACGAAAACAGAUGGUUCAUUUAAAUACGCCAAAUUUCAAAUCAAAACGCAGCAAGGGGUAGAAAAUCUCACCAAAGAAGAGGCUAUAACUAUGGAUGGCGUGAAUCCAGAUUCCCUCAUUCAGGACAUGUUUGAGGCCAUCGAGAGGGGUGACUAUCCCGUGUGGAAUGUCUACGUCCAACUGAUGAGUCCCGACGAGGCCAAAAUCUAUCGAUGGAAUAUUUUCGAUAUGACCAAGGUAUGGCCGCACAAGGAUUUCCCUCUGCUGCAAAUCGGCCGUCUUACCAUGAACCGCAACCCGAACAACUACUUUGCGGAUAUUGAACAAGCUGCAUUCUCGCCAUCUACAAUGGUGCCAGGGUUUGCGCCUUCCGCUGAUCCUGUUCUGCAAGCACGUCUAUUCGCAUAUCCAGAUGCCGCCCGUUAUCGACUUGGCGUGAACUAUCAGCAACUUCCCACCAACGCUCCCAAUGCCCCAGUUUAUUGCCCCUUUCAAAGAGAUGGAAUGAUGAGAUUCGAUGGGAACUAUGGUGCUGAUCCUAGUUAUGUUAACUCGUCACUUCAACCAACCAAAUUCUACCCCGUAGAGAAAGGGCAAUCGGCAGCACUGAGCCUACACACUGAGCACGAAAAGUGGGUCGGUGAAGUGGUGAGCUUUGCCAGCCAGGUCACCGAUGAGGACUUUGUUCAGCCAACAGCGUUGUGGGAGGUUAUUGGUCGGGACCCGGGUCACCAGGAUCGACUUAUUGGAAAUCUUGUUAUCCAUCUGAAGGGUGUUAAGAAUCCCGAGUUGCGCAAGGCUGUUUAUGGACUUUUUUCGCGUGUUGACAAGGACCUUGGGCUCAAGCUGCAGAAACGCACUGAAGAAGAAGCCAAAGGGCAAUAUGGCUACGAUUUACACAUCGAGAAAAGUUAA